CACGAACGACGCCGAGUGCAAGGACGUGGAGGGUAUCAACAAGGACCUGCCCAUCGUCUACGACUCCAGCUGCCCCGGCCUGUGCUGCUUCGAGGACCAGCCGUGCAGGUACAACAACACGGGCUGCUACUCCGCAGCCUUGGCGCAGCAGAAGAUGAGGACGCCCACGAACGACGCCGAGUGCAAGGACGUGGAGGGUAUCAACAAGGACCUGACGCCCACGAACGACGCCGAGUGCAAGGACGUGGAGGGUAUCAACAGGACCUGCCCAUCGUCUACGACUCCAGCUGCCCCGGCCUGUGCUGCUUCGAGGACCAGCCGUGCAGGUACAACAACACGGGCUGCUACUCCGCAGCCUUGGCGCAGCAGAAGGUGAGGACGCCCACGAACGACGCCGAGUGCAAGGACGUGGAGGGUAUCAACAAGGACCUGCCCAUCGUCUACGACUCCAGCCGUGCCGGGCAUCAACACGGGCCUGCCCAUCGUCUACGACUCCAGUUGCCCCGGCGUGUGCUGCUUCGAGGACCAGCUGUGCAGGUACAACAACACAGGCUGCUACUCCGCAGCCUUGGCGCAGCAGAAGGUGAGGACGACGCCCACGAACGACGCCGAGUGCAAGGCCGUGAAGGGCAUCAACACGGGCCUGCCUAUCGUCUACGACUCCAGUUGCCUCGGCCUGUGCUGCUUCGAGGACCAGCCGUGCAGGUACAACAACACGGGCUGCUACUCCGCAGCCUUGGUGCAGCAGAAGGUGAGGACGACGCCCACGAACGACGCCGAGUGCAAGGCCGUGAAGGGCAUCAACACGGGCCUGCCCAUCGUCUACGACUCCAGUUGCCCCGGCCUGUGCUGCUUCGAGGACCAGCCGUGCAGGUACAACAACACGGGCUGCUACUGAGGGGAGAGCUGUUGUGUAUGAUGGGUGGCCCAGAGUUGCUGCCGCACUAGAAGCGUGUGGUGAGUGAGUGAGUGAGUACAUUGUGCGUUGUGUCAGCUCCGGCAGUGUCGAUCUUGUGUUCUGCGAUUUCAGUUUUGUGUAAGCAUGCUGGCUGUGCCCAAUGUCCACGGCGCAGCAGUAUGCGUACUUAAUGCUUCUCCUGCGUUCCGACUCCUGGACCUGAAUGUCUAGGGGCACUUGGGCGGAGCGGCCGCUUCGUGCUGUGGCCGUCUUUGCCCACGUGUGGUCGUGUCACGGGAGAGACUGGUCAGAGCGAGGCCUGUGCAGAUUGAUCAAA